AAUAUGUCUCCAUUAAACAUAUAGCUGUAAUAAAGAUGAGGAAAUUCAUCGAAUGCUUCGAAUCAACAAUUGAUUAAGACUUUGAAAAUUCCCCAAAAAAAGUUGACUUUGAAGAGGAAGGUCGUAUUUGCACAGAGGAAAGAACUAGACAGUCCAAGAAAAGAGAUGGCGAUCGAUGUUACCUAGUGAAUAGUCCAUCUGCUACUCCUCUGAUAUACCAGUCUCUGUGUCCUUACAAUUCAGACAUUAGAACCUGACGAUAAUAGAUUGAGCAGAAGAUGAGAAGAAAUGAUCAAAUUCUGCUGGACAUCGAUGAAUUAGCCAAGACCAUAAGAGAAAAGUUGGAAAUCUUGCAUCCUUUAUCUGAUGAGUGCUGCAUCUACAGAGUACCUGAGCGACUCCGCCAGUUGAAUCCCAAGGCCUAUACGCCUCGCGUACUGUCUAUUGGCCCUCUUCACCAUGGCAGAACAGAGCUACAAGCAAUGGAAGAGCAUAAGCACAGGUAUCUGCAGGAUUUUCUUCAUUGGGGCGACCUAAGCUUGGAGGACUACAUUCAAUUUUUGAAAGAAUCCGAGCUAAGAUUGCGAAAUUGUUAUGCUGAAACCAUCAAUUUUAGCAGUACUGAUUUUGUGAAGAUGAUACUGCUAGAUGCUACCUUCAUCAUCAUGCUCUUUCUAAAGCAUUGUUGUGGAGACUCGAGGAAUAACAAAGAUCGAAUCUACAACAAACCGAUGAUGAUUCUUGAUAUAAGAUUCGACUUACUGUUGCUUGAAAAUCAGAUCCCUUUCUUCAUCCUUGAAGAUCUGUUUGUGCUGUCCAAUAUACCUGGGCGACUGGAGGGAUUCUCCCUUGUUAAGCUUGUGUAUGAAUUCUUCAGAAGCGGAUGGGAUUCGUGGGUGAAGGAGGACGUUCUGGAGAGACACAGUUCUUUCAAAAUAGAGCACAUUCUUCAUUUUCUGAGAAUUUGUCAGCAGCCAUUAGAGUUGCCGCCUCAAAGGGAGUUGAAAAUGUUAGUUGUACCAAGCAUAACACAUCUCUACCGAGCUGGAGUCAAGUUUCAGCUGAGUUCAAGCAAGAACGUACUUGAUAUAAAAUUCAAGAAUGGAAUUUUGGAAAUCCCACGACUUCAAAUAGUGGAUCAAACAGAGAUUUUACUGCGAAAUCUCCAAGCUUUUGAGCAAUGCCAUUGCUUGGAUAAUUAUACAGGUGACUAUAUUGCUAUGAUGGCUAUGCUUGUGAAUGCUGCAAACGAUGUGGAACUACUAUCUCGAUGUGGGAUUAUAGAAAAUUGGCUACGAAGUAAUGAAGCCUUAGCAGCUCUGUUUCGUGACAUUGAAAAAGAGAACAUUGUCUUCCCCGAUAGAUGCUACUUUUCUGCUGUAAUUGACGAUCUGAAUGUGUAUUGCAGAACCCCUUGGCACAAAUGGAAGGCAAAUUUGAAACAAAAUUAUUUCAAUACUCCAUGGGUUGGCAUCUCUGUCGUUGCAGCUGUUGUUCUCCUCUUCCUUACUGUGAUACAAACUGUGUGUUCUCUACUGCAAGUUUAGGUUCUGUAUUCUGUACCUUAAAAUGAAAUAAAUUUAUGUGAAUUUAUAAAAUAAUAGAAAAAUGAAUGUGAUCAAUUCAUUAGUAAUAAUUAAAUGCUAACAAUUUGUUGA